AUGCCUUCUUUCCAUGGCGGCAAGUGUCCAAUUUUUGAAGGGUACCAAUUUUCUGACAGUUUACACAAUGGGACCAUCCCGUCUUCAUUGUUUUCACUCCCAUCAUUAAAAAUUUUGGCACUCGUGGGUAACCAAUUUAGUGAUCAGCUUGGAGAGUUCCAAAACGCAUCCUCUUCGCCAUUAGAGAUGAUUUAUUUGGAUAACAACAAGCUGCAGGGACCUAUUCCAAGGUCAAUCUUUCAACUCCCCAACCUUGCAUACCUCACGCUUUCAUCAAACAAUUUCAGUGGCCCAAUCCCUUCUUUGUUUGGAAAUCAGCUUUGGAAUUGUCAGAUAACCAAUUUAGUGGUCAGCUUGGCGAGUUCCAGAAUCGCAUCCUUUUCACAAUUAGGGAGGAUAGAGUUGAAUAACAACAGCUUGCAGGGGACUACUCGGAGAUCCAUCUUUGCACUCACCAAGCUUGAGUACCUCAAGCUUUCACCAAACAAUUUCAGCGGUGAUGUGGACCUUAAGUACCUUUGGUACCUUGGUCUUUCAAAUAACCACUUCUCAGUCAGCGAUUGCAGAAGCAUUUCAACCUCCAUAUCCUUCCCCAAAAUUAUACGGUUGAAAUUAAGAUCUUGCAACAUCAGCAAAUUUCCAGAUGUCUUGAGAAGCCAAGAGGAGAUGGAUCAUUUGGACCUUUCCAAUGAUAAAAUUAAUGGUAAAAUACCCAAUUGGAUAUGGAAGGUUGGAAAUGGGACUUUGUAUUAUUUGAAUCUUUCUCAUAAUGCUUUGGAGGGAUUAGUGCCACCACUUCUUGGUCUUUCCAUAAGCACAUUGCAAUACCUUGACCUAAGCUUUAAUAAGCUAGAGGGCUCAAUCCCAAUCCCUGCACUUUCUAUCAUAUUCUAUUCACUUUCAAGCAAAAAUUUUAGUGGAGAAGUUCCACUACUUUUUUGCAAUGCUCAAAUACUAGUCCUCAUUUUGUCUGACAACCACUUCAAUGGUUCGAUUCCACCAUGUCUAGGCGAAAACAAAAUUGGCCUCACUAUUUUGAAUCUCGGAGGAAAUGCAUUUCAAGGCAUCUUGCCUAAAACAUUCAAAGAGCAAUGUACUCUAGAGACACUUGAUCUUAGUCGAAAUCAGUUAGAAAGGCAGGUGCCAAGGUCUUUGGCCAAUUGCAAGGAACUGGAGGUGUUAAACCUUGGGAACAAUCAAAUAAAUAACACCUUCCCGUUUCAGUUGGAAAACUUUCCCUGGCUACGCAUUCUCAUCUUGAGAUCCAAUAAAUUUGAUGGCACCAUUGGACAGUUCCUAGCAACUCACACUUCCCCAUUGUUGCAAAUCAUCGACCUCUCUUCUAACAGCUUUACAGGUAGCUUGCCAUCAGAUAUGUUUAAAAGCUGGACGGCAAUGAUGGAGGAGGGCAAAUGCCAAUCUCGGUUCCUUAGCAAAGGUUCUACAGAUGGAUACUAUCAAGAUAAAGUGACCGUAGUGAGCAAAGGGCAAGAAAGGGAGCUAGUAAAGAUCCUUAUUGCCUUUACCAUAGUGGAUUUCUCAAAUAACCAAAUUUACGUGGAUAUCCCAAAAUCAAUUGGGGAUCUAAAGUCAUUGCAUGGGCUAAAUAUGUCAUUCAACCAUCUCACGGGCCGAAUUCCAGCAUCAAUUGGGAAUAUAAAAGAUCUUGAGUCAUUAGAUCUCUCACGAAAUAAUUUGUCAGGUGAAAUUCCUCUAGAACUUACAAAAUUAACAUUCCUUGAGGUGUUGAAUCUUUCACAAAAUCAACUUGAUGCAUCUUCCCGAACUGCUAAGGAUUGCCAGUCAAUAACAGGUGCUAUUAUCUUCGGAUCACAUUUACGGAGCAUCGAGAUGUGA